AUGAUCUUCUCUCUACGACUUGAUUUGCGUGGUGUGAGAAUUCCAUUUCGAUAUUCCGCCACCAGCUGCGAGUUGACCUUCGAUAUCGGCAAUAAUGACAAUAACAACAAUCCUACUGGACGGCAAGACCGUCCAAAAUCAGUCGUCACUACUGCACCAGUCGUUCCUUCCCCAUUAGGUAGGCGAGCUGAGCCCCCAUCAUCGCGACUUCCGUCCGCCGCCAACCAACACCACUGCUCCGUCCGAUUCGAUACGAGAACAUCACCCCGCAAUAGACAUACAUCAUCGAUCGGGGUGUUGAGCACAGACUGGGGUGUCUAUUCUAAGAAGACAGAGGAUCGUCCAGUUCGUAGGUAUCUAUCUGAGCAAAACCCGAGAUCGACACUCGUUAUCUGCACUAAGGUCAAGGUCAAGGUCAAGGUCAAGGACGAUCCCUGCGCACAGAUAAAUAUUCCCCGGAAAACAUCUGAAGAGCUAAUUGCUCCAUACAAGGUCCGUAGGAUCGCGGAGGGCGAUCAAGUGAUUGAUUAA